GAUGGUACCAUUGAGUUCCGCUACACGGUGGCCGGCAAGAUUAAACCACUGAUACUACGCUCGACUGUACCGAUCGAGGUGGGCCGUUGGUAUUCGGUGUCGAUUGGCCGUGGAAGGAAUGGAUCCGGUUUCCUGCAGGUUGACGAAGAACCGAUCGUUACCAGCGACAUGUUCCGUAGCCUCACCACGCAGCUGAAGACGAUGGUGUACGUCGGUGGCUACGAUAAGCGGCUGGUCAUCAGCAAGGAGCUCGGUGUGACGCGUGGUUUCGAAGGAUGCAUUGCCGAGCUGGAAACGUCGGGCAACAAGAUCAACAUGAUCGAUGAUAUUCGCGAUUCGGCCAACGUGUACCAUUGUGGCACGGAGACGGUGGCACCACCGCGCGUCUCCGGCGGCGACGAGGAUACCGAGGGUAGCGACCCGAAUCAGCCGUUCCCGGACGUGUGCCGUGAGGAGCGACCCUGCCAGAACGGUGGCGUCUGUCAGACGCACGGUGGUGGACUUAACUUCACCUGCAUCUGUCCGGCCGGGUACCUCGGGUUGAGAUGCGAGACCCAGUUCAACACGAUCGUAGCCCCUCGGUUCCAUGGCAAUGGCUUUGUCGAGAUUAGUCCGCAGGCGCUGGAGAAGGGACCGAAUCAGCAGACGACCGAGAUCGCGAUCAUGUUCAGCGCGUACCAGGACAAUGGGCUGCUACUGUGGUACGGUCAGCGGAACGAUGAGGAAUACCUCGGCAACGAUCACAUUGCGCUUGCGAUCCAGGACGGUUACGUCGAGCUGACGGUGCGCAUGGAUGGGCAGGAAUCGACGAUCCGUAGUGACGUGUAUAUUGCCGAUAGUGAGCAGCACGUUGCGUUGAUUCGCCGCGAGGGCAAUCAGUUCCACCUGCAGAUGGACUCGCUGACCGUGCACGGUGAGACACGGCCGACUGGCAAGAAGAUGAUGUACCUUCCGGGUAGCAUCUACAUCGGUGGUGUGCCAGAUAUCGAGCGGUUCACUGGCAAUCGGUACAACGAGAGCUUCAACGGAUGCGUGUUCAGUGUGGAGAACAACGAGAAGCGGAAAACGGUGGAACUGCGUGACUGGGCGAUCCGUGCGGUCAACGUCGAUGCAUGUGACGAGGUCGACCUAGGUACUGAGCCGCCAGUGGUUUAAACGAGGUUCGUCGCUUGGAGCGCAACAAAUGAAGUCACUAAUCCGAGAGAAAGAGAGAGAAGAGCAAGGAGUGCGCAAGUUGCCUCAAAAAACUAAAAUCCCGUAUCUUAUGCAUGUAAAACAUAAAAAAGAAGAGGAGAGAUCAAACACACACAAACAAACAAACAAACACACACGCAACAGCAGCCGCAUCAGCAGCAGCAGAAGAAGAAGAGGUCUGCAGAGCAAGUACGGAACACGUACGGUCGUCGGUCGGUGAGCGAACAACGAAUGUGCCAAAUAAUUGUAGUUAUUUAUGUAAAAAGAAAACGCAAAAAUGAACGGGGGGUGGGGGGGCGCGAAGGGAAAGGAAUGGAGGAGAAGCAAGCAGGUCCAACCGGAACGAACAGGCCCCAGUCAAACACAUGGCAGGUACACCCCCGGGGAAGGGCCGGCAGGAAUAUCGUUACAGGUUGUGUUCAUCUAGAAUUUUGGGUUCCACAUCCACAAGUUUGCUUUCCAGCAGCAAAAAAGGCACACGCAGCAAGCAUAACCACAGCCUACUCAAACUGCCAGUUUAGUUCCACCCAGCCCAGUCAGGAGUAGCACCAGCACCAGCAACAACAGUCAGCAGUUCACGGGAUAGUAUACCCUCCCACCUGCCAGCAGACUGUCGCUGUUGUGUGCUAUUUAGAGAUUUAGAGCUUGAAACAACGACUACAACUACUGCACCACCUCCAUCUCUACUACUCACAUUCACUCAGCACUCUUGGAAGUGUGUUGUUCUUGUGUUCAGAGUACUGGCCAACUCACCGCCAUCUUUGCUUCUUUACUGCCCCGCACAGCAGUAGUCCAGUGUUUUUUUUUUCCUUUAAUUUUUUUGUAAUCUCAGCAACCACCGGCACCGGUCCGGUCGAAUAUACCACAUGACGGGAUACGAUUCUUUGUUACUAACCCCGCGCCGUUUCGGAUUUGUGAGCGAAUCAGCUGAGUGCCAGACCGCGCGGUCUGUAUCAUUGGUUUCUACAUCGAAGGCAAAGUUGCGCAUUGCUGCAUCAUCACCAUACGCUUAGAAGAGAUCAAAAUCAAACGGAGAAUAGAUAGGCGCGCGCGUGACGGCGGCGAAGGAGGCAGCGACGAAGAAACACCAUGGUCACCGCUCAAACAGAGCACGAAACGAAACGAAAGCGAAUACACGCGCGUUAAAGCAUAAACGAGUAAUACCAUAACGCAGAAAGGGGCCUAUAGAUAUGCCAUACAACUAUUUUUUUUCCUAUCAAUUACGACAAUAAAUGAAUAGUCAAUGUUA